UUUUUAUGUUUUCCUGAUGUUUGAACCAAUCAGAUUGGAAAAGGUAGAUAUGCGAAGCGUAAGAAGUAUGGCGAAGAUCAUAGGAACAGUCUUGUGUGUAAGUGGAGCUGUGUCCAUGGCAUUUCUGAGAGGACCAAAGCUACUAAACACACAAUUCCUACCAUCAAAGUCUCUUUUCGCCUCAGAAGGAGGUGAUGAUUGGUUGCUGGGUUGUCUAUUUCUCUUUGCUGGCUGCUGCUGCUGGUCAGUUUGGCUCAUUUUGCAGGUCCCACUAUCAAGAUGGUAUCCAGACCACUUAGCUUUAACGGCAUGGAUGUGUUUCAUAGCAAUGUUACAAUCAGCAACAGUUGCCUUGUUCUUUGACCGAGACCUUCAAGCUUGGAAUUUACAGUCAAAUCUUCAACUUUCAUGUUGUUUCUUUACAGGAAUAUCAUCAGCAAUCUCCUUCUUUGGCCAAGCCUGGUGCAUUUCACAUAGAGGUCCACUCUUCUCUGCAAUGUUCAACCCUCUAUCCACAGUUAUAGUCACUAUCUUUGCUUCUAUAUUUCUACAUGAAGAGAUCUAUAGUGGAAGCUUGGUAGGAGCUGUUGCUGUGGUUAUUGGUUUGUAUACUGUGCUAUGGGGCAAAGCCAAAGAUCUUGAAGAAUUCCACGUGGAAGCAGAUCCAAAGCCACAAAAUGAUCAAACAACCGUGAAAAUCAUUGUGGAUCAAAUUGAUUUGGAGGAACCACUUUUGUCUGAUAAAAUCAACAGAAGUUGAUGGAAAAUCAGAUGGAUCAAUAAAAUGUUUACAAUUUCACUCAAAGGUGAAAUGCGGCAGAUCAAGAUUUCAGAUUUUGUUUUUGUUUUUGUUUCCUUUUAUUGUUUUGAGUUAGGAACAAAACAAGAUCUCCCUGGCAGAAAUUGUACUUUGUUUGGCGCGACCAUAAUUUUUUAUCGCCAUGUAUUUCUCAAGGUUUUUUUUUUUUUUUUUAAUUAACUUAUUUUUUGACA